GGAGGUUUUACUUUGCAACUGCACCUGUCGAUAACAUCUGAGGUUACCCCCUCAGCUACUUCCCCAGAUGAGUCCAGUGCUUCUGGUGUAGAAAACACUCCAGGCAAGGCUGGGGCCCACUGGCCCUCAGCUCUGUGGGUGAGAUUUGGGAGAGGACAGAGAAUGACUUCCAAGGUGCUCCCUGUCUUCUAACCCAGCCUUGUCCUCUCUUCUCCCCUCAAUCCGCAGGGAUGACUAACAGUUCCCCAAACAUACUGUGUGAUCUAUUGCCCUGGUUUUUGCUCACUCUGCUCUUCUUCUCUCUUCACUCACCUGACCCCUUCCAAAAUACAGGUCAGGCGUCCUCUCCUCCAGGAAGCCUUCCUUGACCACCUCCCCAUUCCCAUUAGGGGUCCUCUUGUCUGGUUGAGCCCUGUUGCCCCUGCUUUCUUCAGCCCUGAUCACCCUGAGUUGUCAUUACCUAUUUCUGGGUCUUCUCCCAUGUGCUACCUACCCCUUCUUCACCAACCUUGACAGUGACCCACCUUAGAAUCCCAAGGGCCUUAUACAGGGACAGGCAUCAACGUGACGACCUCUGUAAAAGGCCUCCCAUCUCCUCUCUCCACUUUCCGCCACGCUCGUGCUGCACCCCAGCCUGGGGACCUGGCCUCGGCUAUCUCGAACCCCACUUCCCCAUUGUGGAGAAAUGAAAGCGACAGAAAAGGGAUGUUCUUUCCCCCCUGUGAUGUAUCUGAGAUUCUGAUGGAUGCUGGGACCUGUCCACACAGAGGGUCUACUAGGCCAAGGUUGGAGCAGAGCAGGUGGCCCCGGGAGGGCUGGGCCUGGCUGGCUUCCCAUGAUCCAGAGCCCACACUGUCUCCACCUCCCUGUGUCUCAGGAGCCCACAACACUGCCUAUCCUGAGAAAUGCUGGAAGCUGGGUGCGGCCCCAGGCGGGGGACCUGUUUUUCCUGUUUCCUGCAGAGUUCCCUGCAGCCCUGUCCAAGCCUGUGCAUUCAUGAGUGAGGAACCUGAGCGGGCACUGAGCAUCCUGACAGCGAGAGCAGGGGCCGGUCAGGGCAAUGGCCGCAGGCCCGGGCCUCUUGAACGGCACCAACAAUGACACGUGGAAUGGGGAUGAACUAGUCUACAAGUGCCGCUUCAACGAGGACUUCAAGUACGUGCUGCUGCCCGUGUCCUACGGCGUGGUGUGCGUGCUCGGGCUGUGUCUGAACGUCGCCGUGCUCUACAUCUUCCUCUGCCGCCUCAAGACCUGGAACGCCUCCACCACCUACAUGUUCCACCUGGCUGUGUCCGACGCGCUGUACGCGGCCUCCCUGCCGCUGCUGGUCUAUUACUACGCCCGCGGCGACCACUGGCCCUUCAGCACGGUGCUCUGCAAGCUGGUGCGGUUCCUUUUCUACACCAACCUUUACUGCAGCAUCCUCUUCCUCACCUGCAUCAGCGUGCACCGCUGCCUGGGGGUCCUGCGCCCGCUGCGCUCGCAGCGCAAGUCGGUGCGCACCAUCGCCGUGGUCCUGGCGGUUUUCGCCCUCUGCUUCCUGCCUUUCCACGUCACCCGAACCCUCUACUACUCCUUCCGCUCGCUGGACCUCAGCUGCCACACCCUCAACGCCAUCAACAUGGCUUACAAGAUCACCCGGCCGCUGGCCAGUGCCAACAGUUGCCUUGACCCCGUGCUCUACUUCCUGGCUGGGCAGAGGCUUGUGCGCUUUGCCCGGGACUCCAAGCCACCCACGAAUCCCACUCCUACUGCCCAGGCUAACCGCAGGCUGGACCUGCGCAAGUUUCAUAGAACUGACCCCAAGGCAGAAGACGGGUCGGCCAGCAGCGAGAUCUCCAGCAGGCAGUCCCCGUUGGCUGGUGGUGGGAACACUAAGGACAUCAGACUGUGAGGCCUAAACCCCUCCGGCCUGUGCAAGCUUGUAUGGGGGACUCUGUAGGGGCUAUGACUUGCUCAAAUGAGGUGGUCUCCCCAGAUGUGGAUCAUCAUGACUCAUGCUGAUGGUCAAGGGAGCCGUGACCCCAGCACUCUGUCACUCGGCAGGGGCUCCGGACACUGUGGUCCAGCGAGCUCAACAGUCCCCCUCAGCCCCAUCACCAUUUGUAUGUGUCAAUUGGGGAAUAAGGUUUCAAGAACGAAAGGGUUCCAGGCCUGACUCACCCACAAAAAUAGGUGGCCGUGCCU